AUGCCGCGGACUCUAUUGGAUGUUUUCCAUAUCAGGUCAGUGUCGUCAUAUAACACACACACCACGACGUUUCCAGUAGCUUCGUCAAUGUAUGCGCCCACCUACCCUCUCCGCCUCCUCCUCAACGUCGAUGCCUUUCACUCCAUCUUGCUCGUCUCCGGUCGUCAUUUGCGUCGCCUUGGAUGUCGCCCACAGCGAGUGUCCCCUCUCUGCUUGACCUCCCCGCCUUCUACAUACGCUCGCUCGCCGUUUCACGACUUUAUUGGGUGUUCUCAAUGUCGAUCGGGGGAGCGGCUUCUUCGUCAGUGUAUGCGUUCACGCUGA